UCUAUCCGCAGUCUCUUGGUUGGGCUCUCUCGAUUCUCGUUACUAUCGUUUCUAUGGACACGUUCACGCUUGUGGCCUACUCCCUACUGUGGAGCCUAAACUCAAGUAAAACUGCUGGCUGACCAGGUGAAUGGGGCCUGCCGAGACAGCGGGGUCCCUGAAAGACGAAAACGAAGUAAGGGAUAGUGCGGAUUCUUACAGGAUGACACCCCAGGUGUCUACUAAAACGAUGACAACCAACAACCAGCAUUGCAUCCGUCGCUGGACUACAAAGCAUGUGGCUAAAUGGCUACGUGAGGAGGGAUUUAGUGACUAUGUAGACCUUUUGUGCAAUAGGCACAGGCUAGAUGGCAUAGCUUUGCUAGCUUUGACUGAAUAUGACCUGCGGUCACCACCACUGGAGAUCAGGGUACUGGGGGACAUAAAACGUUUAAUGUUGUCUAUCCGCAAGCUCCAGAAGCAGCAUGCCAGUGUUCUAGAGGAGCUUGGACUGAGCACAGAACCAUCUUCCGGGGCCCUUGUCAGCACCCCACCAAGUCCUGACUGGUUAUGCAAUGGCGACCUUUCCACGGAUUAUGAUGGUCAUGUUACAGACUCUAAACUGGAUCAGCACCAGUACUCUAAUGGCAAGAACAAAUACCCCACAAAGAGGCUUGACCCAGAAUACUGGAAGACUGCCAUUAGUUGUGUCUAUGUUUUCAUAGUGUUUGGUUUCACCUCAUUUGUGAUGGUAAUUGUCCAUGAGCGUGUUCCAGACAUGCAAACGUAUCCACCACUACCAGAUAUUUUCUUAGACAGUGUUCCUCGCAUCCCAUGGGCCUUUGCAAUGACAGAGAUGUGUGGAGUGGUGCUUUGUUACAUCUGGUUACUUGUACUUUUACUUCAUAAGCACAGGUCAAUUCUGCUACGUAGACUUUGUAGCCUUAUGGGGACUGUAUUUCUUCUGCGCUGUGUUACCAUGUUUGUUACAUCGUUGUCAGUUCCGGGAGAACACCUGCAGUGUUCUGGAAAGCUAUAUGACAACAUGUGGGCCAAGCUUCAACGAGCAUUUGCCAUCUGGAGUGGCUUUGGCAUGACACUAACUGGGGUGCACACAUGUGGCGAUUACAUGUUCAGUGGCCAUACAGUUGUCCUGACAAUGCUGAACUUCUUUGUCACAGAAUACACCCCUCGGAGCUGGAACUUUCUGCACACACUCUCCUGGGUUCUUAACCUUUUUGGCAUCUUCUUCAUACUGGCUGCACACGAACAUUACUCCAUUGAUGUUUUCAUAGCUUUCUACAUCACCACUCGUCUCUUUUUGUACUACCAUACCCUGGCCAACACCCGAGCUUAUCAACAGAGCCGGCGUGCACGCAUUUGGUUCCCCAUGUUUUCUUUCUUUGAGUGCAACGUGAGAGGUCCAGUUCCUAACGAGUAUUGCUGGCCAUUUUCCCGGCCAAUCUUCUUGAAGAAUUUAUUCAGCUAAUAAUUUAAGCUUAUAAGUAUUUAAUUACAAAGACCACAUCAAAACAACAUGUAUCUCUCUUCUGCUCACGAUGAGAGCUGGACUUAGAAUCAUGGAGAAGUCUUAAUGUCGGAUAUCCACCUGUUGUUGAGUUUCAACAUGAAACAAAAAGAUCUUAUGCAGCCAGCUUGAAUGGCCUUGAGUAUUAGCAUUGUAAGAUGCUCCUUGAGCAACAAUCUCUGCAGAAAAAUAUAUACUGUGACUUAAACAUUAGUAGGUUUUUAGUACACACAGUGUACAAUAAGCUACAAUAAUACACAUCUGCCCAGGACUUAUGUAAUUAUUGGGACAGCAGUUGUAAAGAUUGUUGAGGUCGUAUAAAUAAAUAUAUAUAUAUAUAUAUAUAUAUAUAUAUAUAUAUAUAUAUAACGCAAGAAACAAUAACAUGGUACUUGUAGAUAUGCUACACCCACAUCCUUGGUUAUUGUGUUCUUAAGAACAACACUUGCAGAAACUACAUGGCAGUGUUUUUCACCUAAAAUGAAUACCGGAUGUUAGAGUGUAAUGUAAAAGCAACAAACUUAUGAAAACUAUAUACUUUUGGGUAAUAAGGAUUUAUUCACGGUUGUACUGUCAAUGCUUUGGCCUGGAAGUAGACCCUUAUUCAAAAUAACUAAACAGAAAAGCACUUUUUUUUUUAUAUGUCCCACCCUCCCACAAAAAUACAUGACAUAUUACAUACCUGAAAUAUAAACUGGAAGUAGUCUGAAUAGAGUUGCAUUUCCAAUCAUUACCCAGCUGUGUGUAUAGCAGAUUAUUAAAUGCAGACAUGGACACAAUGGCAAAAGCAACUGCUAAAAAAUAGCAAUAUUCUAAAGCGAUUUAUACUAAAACAAGCAGUAAAUUGUCUUAUACAGAAUAUUUUUUUAUUAGAUUGUGAUUACUUUUAAUGGACAAAUGUAUUAAAUAAAUCAAAGUGUACUAUUCAGUACGCUUUCAAGACUUUAAGGGGUCUCCUCUUCAGAGAUGAGAUCAGUAAAGACUUGCAGACUUAUAGAAUACAAGUUUGUUUGCAUUUAAAGUGAUAUGAAACAGUGCUCUUUUGCAAAACAAAAAUAUGUUAAAGUAAACAUAAAAAUAAUCUGAUUGUGUUAAAAGAAAAACACCAAACAACUUACUUGUUUUCUUGCUAAACAACCCCUAAACAUUCUCACUGUAGCCACUGCCUGUAGCUUGAUAUUGGAGCAGACAUGCUGAGAACUAAAGUUGUAUUCUGCCUCUUCUGCGCAUGUGCAAGAACGUCAUGUUUCUCUAGCAAUCACUGAAUAGUAAACCAGCUCAAGUUACUCUUAAAGAUGUAUGCCCUCACGCUAUAUAUACCUUCCUGUAGAGACCCCAACCGGCUGUGACAGGAAGUAACACUGCACAAAUGGUUAAAAAAUAUAAGCCACUGCUUGGUGCUUUUUAUUACAACAAUGAUACAGACUGUGUUUUAUAUCACUUUUAAAGUAUCAGUCUUCUAUAACAACCAAGCCAAACAACAACCCGUAGGAAUCACAUUGUUACAAAAUAUAACAGAACCUCUAACUGUAUAUACAUGUUCCAUAUACUGUUUCAUUUCACCUUAAAUUAUAGUGGACUACAAUACUUAAAGGGACGUGAAACCCAAAAAAUGUAUUUCAUGAUUUAGGUAGAACAUACAAUUUAAACAACUUUCCAGUUUACUUCUAUUAUCAAAUUUGCUUCAUUCUCUUGGUAUGACAAUUGCUAUAUUUAUGCAGCCACCAAUCAGUAGCUAGAACCUAGGAUCUUUGCUGCUCCUGAGCUUUCCUAGAUAAACCUUUCAGCAAAGGAUAACAGGUGAAUGAAGCAAAUUAAAUAAAUUGGAAAGUUGUUUAAAAUCACAUGCACUUUCUGAAUCAUGAAAUAAAAAAUUUUUGUUUCAUCUCCCUUUAACAUGCCCAUAUUAGUACAAAAUAGAAUUGCAUCCAUAUAUUCCUAAAACGGUAUAUGGUAUUUGAAGCAAAUAAUUUAAAAAAAAAAAAAAAAAAAAAAAAAAGCCCCAAACAGGGACAACAACUAUGAAUGAAUGUUUAUUAUCUGACUGCAGUUUUUCUCUCUCAAGUUUGUUAAACAUCACCUUGAAUUGCUAAUGAAGAUAUUGUUAAGCUAAAAUGAAAACGGAAAAAAUACUUCCAAAUAUUUUAAUUUUUAAGUUAAGAGCCUGGUGCUUCAAUACUUACUUCUGGAGAAAACAGCAUUGCUCUGUGAUUAAAGGGAUGUUCUGGUGAACAAAUAAACUGUGUAAUGUACAUCCUGGUGAAUCAGAGAAUAUGAGCAUCUGAUUGGAACGUGCACACUAAUUGACAGGCAAAUGUGAAAACAGUAAAAACACACCAAUCAGCGGCUGCGUAUCUUUUGGGAUCAAUGCUGGUGACAUGUCUCAGAGGUUAAAACAAAAAAUGAUAUACAUAGUUAUUAAUAUUGCUUUGUCGUUAACAAAUAAAAAUGUUUCAUAAAACAGUA